CCAUCUCCAUUUUCUGUGUUUUGAGUGGUGACAGGACAAGUUAAAUUGAGUUUUUCCAUGGAGGGAACAAAUCGGUCAGUUUGUGGCAGGAAGAUUUGGGAACAUGAAAGUACUUAUCGGACAAAGUACUCGGUGUCCAAAGGGUUUUGCGGCCUCCGGGUGGCGGAUCCAAUUUUUCAUUAGGCUUCGAUGAACCAACAGAACAACCUGUGAGGAAGAAUAAAAUGGCCUCCAGCAUCUUUGGGACAUCUGAGGAAAAUCCCCCUUCUUGGGCCAAGUCUGCAGGUGCCAAGUCUAGUGGUGGCAGAGAAGAUUCUGAGUCAUCUGGACCUCGGAGAAGGAAUUCUUCUGAAGGGAACUCUGGAGACUUCUUAGAUCUGAAGGGAGAAGGUGACAUUCAUGAAAACAUGGACACAGACUUGCAGGCCAGCCUGGGGCAGAGUGAGGAGAAGCCUGUGCCCGCUGCCCCCGUGCCCAGCCCAGUGGCACCGGCCCCAGUGCCAUCCCGAAGAAACCCCCCUGGUGGCAAGUCCAGCCUUGUCCUGGGUUAGCCGCGACGGUCCUGAACUCUGUUGUUUCGUUUGUUUUUCCAUGCUUGUGAACUGCACAACUUGAGCCUGACUGUACAUCUUUUGGAUUUGUUUCAUUAAAAAAGAAGCACUUUAUGUACUGCUGUCUUUUUUUUUUUUUUCUUCCUUUUCUUUUCUUUUUUCUUUUUGAAGAACAGGUCUCUUUAUCUGUCCCGAUUCCUCUCGGUCUGUAGGCCAUGGCAUGAGUGUUUUCUAGUAGUAGAUUGGAGGGAAAGCUUUGUGACACUUAGUACCGUGUUUUUAAGAACAAAUAAUUUGGUUCCAAAUGUGUUAGAGGGUCUUUUGUACUGAGGUUUUUAAAACCCUUUUCUUGUCAGCUUUACUUGGGUUUACCAAGCCUUGAUUGGACAGGCCAGUCAACAGUCCACAGGCACCGUUAGUUCCUGCAGGCCCCCAACACAGGUUUGGUCUUUGUGCCGAACCUCCUUGGUGUUGCCCUACCUUGUCAGUGCCCUUUGCUAAAAGCAUCUUCCUGUGCCAUAUAGAACAAUAAAGAGGCCUGUGCCUCAUGCCUUGCUGCCUGCAAAGCAAAAAACUGCCUUUUAUUUUUGAACCUUAAGAAAUAAGCCAGAUGCUAACUUGACUGGCUGAGGAGCAGUCUCCUGCUGUCACGCAGAGGGGAGGCUCCAGGUACACUCAAAGUGACCAAUUCCAAGUGGUGAAGCAAGCAAGGGCGGUGACCACACAGAAGUGGGUCUUCGGCUCGAACAGACCCCGCCGGGGCAGUGGUCUCAGAUACCUUGAAGCUGUGUGCAUGAUGCUGGUGCUUGACCUUCAAACGAAAAGUCUCAUCCUUACAAUGUGUGUUGUACUUCCUGAUCCUGGACUGUGGCUUAAAGUAAACGAUGUACAAAUUUUGAAA